AUGACGUCUCCCUACGCAGCCAUGCAUUUCUGCCCAGAACACGCCUUUCAACGCAGACUGAGGGAGCCGGCGUCUUGUCUCUCGUGGGCCGAGGGAUCGUUCCUGGCCUCCAUGUCUCAGACUCCGAGCUCUCAGGGAUCCGAGAUCCUCGGGCAGGACGUCUUCAACCAGCUGCUGGAGAUGCUCGACCAGUCGACCCUCCACUCGGUGCCGCCCUUCGAGCUGAACUUCUCAGAGGGUGAAACCACCAGCUCUCCAUCCAACACCAUCCAGAUCAGCAUGGACUGUAUCACCAUGCACGACCAUCAGCUAACAUCGCAGUACACCAACCUGGGGCCCUUCAACGGGAUGGAUCAAAACGGCGGCUCGACGUCCACCAGCCCCUACAACAACGAGCACGCUCAGAACAACGUGACGGCGCCGUCGCCCUACGCCCAGCCCAGCUCUACCUUCGAGGCCCUGUCUCCGUCGCCCGCCAUCCCUUCCAAUACAGACUACGCUGGUCCUCACACCUUCGACGUGUCCUUCCAGCAGUCCAGCACUGCCAAGUCUGCCACGUGGACGUACUCCACAGACCUCAAGAAGCUGUACUGCCAGAUCGCCAAAACAUGCCCCAUUCAGAUCAAAGUCCUAACCAACCCGCCCCAGGGAGCGGUCAUCCGGGCGAUGCCCGUCUACAAGAAAGCCGAGCACGUGACCGAAGUGGUCAAGCGAUGCCCCAACCACGAACUCAGCAGAGAAUUUAACGACGGCCAAAUCGCGCCGCCCAGUCACCUGAUCAGAGUGGAGGGGAACAGCCACGCCCAGUAUGUGGAGGACUCCAUUACCGGCCGUCAGAGCGUCCUGGUGCCCUACGAGCCCCCUCAGGUGGGCACUGAAUUCACGACCAUCCUGUACAACUUCAUGUGCAACUCGAGCUGCGUGGGUGGAAUGAACAGACGCCCCAUCCUCAUCAUCGUCACGCUGGAGACCAGAGACGGUCAGGUUCUGGGUCGCCGGUGUUUCGAGGCUCGUAUCUGCGCGUGUCCGGGACGCGACCGCAAGGCGGACGAGGACAGCAUCCGCAAGCAGCACGUCACCGACGGCUCAAAGACUCCUGAUGGUACGAAGCGCCCUUUCCGCCAGACCACUCACAGUAUUCAGAUCUCCUCCAUCAAGAAGAGAAGAUCCACCGACGAGGAGAUGUUCUGUUUGCCCAUUAAAGGGCGUGAAAUUUAUGAGAUUUUGGUGAAAAUUAAAGAGUCUCUGGAGCUCAUGCAGUACCUCCCACAGCACACCAUAGAGUCGUACAGGCAGCAGCAGCAGAGCCUUCUGCAGAAACAGAGCCCCCUGCCCCCUCAGCCAGUGUUCGGCUCCAGCUCUCCUCCGCACGGCAAGGUGAACAAACUGCCCUCGGUCAGCCAGCUCAUCAACCCGCAACAACGCAACACGCUCACCCCGUCCAGCAUGGCCGGCGGACUCACCGACAUGACCCCCAUGAUGAGCACACACAUUCCCAUGAACACGGAUAUGAGCUCACUGAGCCCCACUCAUGCCCUGCAGCCUCAGUUACCCAUGGUGCCCUCCUCUCACUGCACGCCCCCACCGCCCUACCCUGUGGACAGCAGCAUCUCCAGCUUCCUUUUACGACUGGGCUGCUCUUCCUGUCUGGACUACUUCACAGCUCAGGGCCUGACCAACAUCUACCAAAUUGAGAACUACAACCUGGAGGACCUGUCCAGGCUGAAGAUCCCUGCCGACUAUCAGCACGCCAUUUGGAAGGGGAUUUUGGAGCACCGACAGAGCAUGGAGUUUUCUCCCCCGGCGCACAUCCUGCGCUCAUCCAGCGGCGCCUCCUCGGUGAGCAUGGGCUCCACUGAGGCUCGUGGUGAGCGUGUGAUCGACGCCGUGCGUUUUACGCUGCGCCAGACCAUCUCCUUCCCUCCCCGCGACGACUGGACCGACUUCUCCUUCGACCUGGACUCACGCCGCAACAAACAGCAGCGCAUCAAGGAGGAGGGCGAGUAAAGGCCGGGCCAAAGAUGUCAAAAAUAAUAAAUCCCUCACCGCCACGACUCCCGCAUGCAGCGAAGCGUAAAAUGUCCGGCUCUAUCAAACGCUCGAUUUCACUUACAAGCAUGCAAAUUAAAAUGCACUUACUGUCUAGUGUUUUUGGGUGUAUUUCGGUCUGCUUGUCAUUUCAAGUGCCCCCCUUUCCCAUCCCCCCUUUCCCAUCCCUCCUUUGUUUUUUGUUUUUUGUUUUUUUAACCGCAGGAUACUGUAGCUGCCGCUGUCGCCCUCGGCUUGCUCAACAGUGUUUUUUUGGUCUGUCGGUCCUGGAUUCUGUAAAGUUGCUUUGAGAGAAUGUGUAUUGUAAAAAGCGCUGUACGAAUAAAUUUGACUUGACUUGUAGCUUAGGGUAAGCGGUGCUUCGCCGUGUGAUUUAUCAUGUAAAAUGUUUCUUGAGACGCAGCACUUAAGAAAUGCUGAAAUGUUGGUACUACUAUGAGCUGUU